AUGAUCCUCUAUCCGUCUUUAAUAGUACUCAUUGCGUGUUUCUCUUCACGAUCUUUAGUGCUAGCAUUAUCGAAUCAAGAUAUUCAUGAUGACACCUCAAUCUCAUCACUUCUUAAUAGCGCAGACAAACAUCUUCGUACAGGAGAAAUAAAUUCAGCUCUUGAGUACUACGAUGUCGCGAUUUCUCGUGAUCCACAAAAUUAUAUCACUUAUUUCAAGCGUGGAACUGCAUAUCUCUCUUUAGGAAAAAUCAAUCAGGCUUCUGCGGACUUUAGUAAAUCAUUAACUAUCAAACCUGGAUUCGAAGGUGCUCUUUUACAGAUGGCUAAAAUUAAAGCACGGAGUGGCGAUUGGGAUGGUUCCGAGGCGGACUUCAAGGCCCACAAGAACUCUGUUACCGAUCUGGCUGAGCUCCUGGAGGCUAAGAAAGCUGCUCACAGCGCGGAACAAGCAGAAAACAGUAAAAACUGGGAUGAAUGUGUUCGGAACGCUGACACUGCCAUACUAGUUGCUAGCAAGAUGGCCAGACUACGACAGACUCGAGCACAUUGUCGAUUUGAGAAAGGAGAGUUCGAGACGGGUAUGGUUGAUCUUCAACACCUUCUUCAGCUACAGCCGGGAAUGACUGACCCACACAUCAAAAUUUCUGCCUUGAACUUUUACGGCUUUUCAGACACGAAGCGCGGUAUUGAUCAACUCCGAAAAUGUCUUCACUCAGACCCCGAAUCAAAACCGUGCAAAACUCUCUAUCGACAAGAAAAAAAGCUGGACGUCAAGAUCGAGCAGGUUAAAAAGAAUCUAAAAAUGAAACAGUUUAUCACAGCCGUAAAGGUGCUCCUACCCACCGGAGAUGACGUAGGGUUAGUUCAAGAAGUAAAAGAUGAAGUUGCAGAUCUUGUGAAAAGUGGAGGUUUGACGAAAAAUUCACCAAACGGGCUUGUUGACCUCGUUGUCCAAAUGACAUGCGAAGCCUACUACAAGGAAAGUACAAUCCAACAAAAAAUCGCAAAGGCACUUCCUUGGUGUGACGAAGCAAUUAAGUCUCAAGAGCACUUUCUUUAUGGUAUGCUAGCUCAAGCACAAGAUCUGGUAAAUAAAGAGGCCUUUGAGGCAGCAAUAAACUCUUUACAAGAUAUUUUGGAACACCAUCCUGAUUCCGAAGAGGCAAAACAGAAAAUGCAGGAGACCCAACUUCAACUCAGGCGACAAAAGGCGAAGGAUUACUAUAAAGUUUUAGAAGUUUCACGGGAUGCAGACGCGGCCCAAAUAAAAGCUGCGUACCGGCGUAUGGUAAGGGCACAUCACCCUGACAAAGCUCACAAGCGAGGGAUCAAAAAAGAAGAUGCCGAAAAAAAAAUGGCGGCUAUUAAUGAAGCCUAUGAAGUACUUAGUAACCGGGAACUCAAAGCCCGGUUUGAUCAGGGUGAUGAUCCAAAUGAUCAUUCACAGCAGCACAGCCAGAAUCCAUUUCAGCAACAGGACUGGUUUCAGUAUGGGGCCCGUCAGCACGGUCAACAUAGCAACGACUUCCAAUUUGAGUUCAACGGGCAACAGUUUCAAUUUUUUUAG